GCUGUUUUAUCGAUCUGCCCAUCUCUGAUUAUUUAAAGCCUUCCUACACCAUCCCAUGUUUUGCAUCAAAUUCUUGUGUAAUUUUCAUCUCCUACGUGCUUACAUAUUUGACAAAGAAAUUAAUGGCAUUAAAAGGCAAUCUUGCCGAGUUUGAAGAUUUUUUCCCCGCAAUGGUGGAGAAACUUGGCGCAGAAGGAUUCUUGGAUGAGCUAUGCAAUGGGUUUAGGUUGCUGAUGGAUGAAAAAAAAGGGUUGAUCACAUUGGAAAGCUUGAAGAAAAAUUCAGCCUUGUUAGGUUUGCAAGACAUGAAGGAUGAUGAAUUGCUAUCUAUGAUAGAAGAAGGGGAUUCGGAUGGUGAUGGGAAUCUGAAUGAAAUGGAGUUUUGUGUUCUCAUGUUUAGAUUGAGUCCCGAGCUAAUGAAGACUUCAAGAAUGUUUGUUGAAGAAGCUAUAUUGAAUGAGUCAUAGUCUCUAAUUUAGUAAGUAAUGGUAUUUUAGAUUAAUAGAUCAAUCAAGGGCAUC